CACCGGAUCAGGCCGACCGGCAAUGGGCGCCAUUUUGAAACCCCGAAACCUCCCGCGGCGGCAGCUCCGUGCGGCGGCAGCUGCUGAGAGCCGCUCCCGGCCGGCGCCUUCCGCCCCCGCGGCCCCCCGCCCCAGCGCUACCGUGCGACAUGGCAGGGGUGGCAGGAGGUGGAGGCGGCGGCGGCAGCAACGACUUCCAGUGGUGCUUCUCGCAGGUGAAGGGAGCUAUCGACGAGGACGUGGCGGAAGCUGAUAUUAUUUCAACAGUUGAAUUUAAUUACUCCGGUGAUCUUCUUGCAACGGGAGACAAAGGUGGCAGAGUGGUUAUAUUUCAAAGGGAACAAGAGAACAAAAGCCGUCCUCAUUCCCGGGGGGAGUACAAUGUUUACAGUACCUUUCAGAGUCACGAGCCUGAGUUUGACUACUUGAAAAGUCUAGAAAUUGAGGAGAAAAUCAAUAAAAUUAGGUGGUUGCCACAACAGAACGCUGCUCACUUCCUGCUGUCUACAAACGAUAAAACUAUUAAAUUAUGGAAAAUAAGUGAAAGGGAUAAAAGAGCCGAAGGUUACAAUUUAAAAGAUGAAGAUGGAAGACUUAGGGAUCCUUUCAGAAUCACAGCACUGCGGGUGCCGAUACUGAAACCCAUGGACCUCAUGGUGGAAGCAAGCCCCAGAAGGAUAUUUGCAAAUGCACACACCUACCACAUAAACUCUAUUUCAGUAAAUAGUGAUCAUGAAACUUACCUGUCUGCAGAUGACCUACGAAUUAACCUCUGGCAUUUAGAAAUCACAGAUAGAAGUUUUAAUAUUGUAGAUAUCAAGCCUGCCAACAUGGAGGAGCUGACAGAAGUGAUCACUGCUGCAGAGUUCCACCCCCACCACUGUAACGUCUUUGUCUACAGCAGCAGCAAGGGCACCAUCCGGCUCUGCGACAUGCGCUCCUCGGCCCUCUGCGACAGGCAUUCCAAAUUCUUUGAGGAACCCGAGGAUCCUAGCAGCAGAUCAUUUUUUUCAGAAAUCAUAUCCUCCAUCUCCGAUGUAAAAUUCAGCCACAGCGGGCGCUACAUGAUGACCAGAGACUACCUUUCUGUCAAAGUCUGGGACCUCAACAUGGAGAACAGGCCCGUGGAGACAUACCAAGUUCACGAGUAUCUCCGGAGCAAGCUGUGUUCCCUCUACGAGAACGAUUGCAUCUUCGACAAGUUCGAGUGCUGCUGGAACGGUUCUGACAGCGCGAUCAUGACUGGCUCUUACAACAACUUCUUCAGGAUGUUCGACCGCAACACGCGGCGGGACAUCACCCUCGAGGCCUCCAGGGAGAGCAGCAAGCCGCGCGCCAUCCUCAAGCCGCGCAAGGUCUGCACGGGGGGCAAAAGGAAGAAGGACGAGAUCAGCGUUGACAGUCUGGACUUCAACAAGAAGAUCCUCCACACGGCGUGGCACCCCGUGGAGAACAUCAUUGCGGUGGCUGCCACCAAUAACUUGUAUAUAUUCCAGGACAAAAUUAACUAGAGAUGACUUUACUCCGGGACACAGUCGUCGUCUUACAUAGUUAAGCUCAGUUGUUUAUCUGUCCAAGAGAAGGCCUUGUUGUCCUACCAGUGAAGAACAUUGAUGCACUUAACUUCCCCUUUAGCUAAAGGAGAGGAUCCGGCCCCGGUUCGUUGAGCUCCUGGGAUGGUUCUGCCUCC